AUGGAAGUUGCUGGGAAUCAAAUUAGAGUCCAAUCCCUAGCCCAAAGUGGUGCGACAAAAGUGCAACCUGAAUACAUACAACCUCCAAAUUGCCGUCCCAGUGUCUUACCUUGCCCAAUCACCGGACUUCUGAUAAAGGUAAUAAACCAUGGUGUUCCAAUCCAAUUGCUGGAUGACAUGAGGAGAAUUGGCAUCACUUUCUUUGAGGACUGUCCCGUGACUGAGAAGCUGAAAUACUGCUGUGAACCCAAUUCUUUUGCUUCUGAAGGCUAUGGAAGCCGCAUGUUAGUCUCUUCCAAUGACACUGUCCUGGACUGGAGGGAUUACUUUGAUCAUCACACUCUACCACUCUCACGCCGCAACCCCUCACGCUGGCCUAACUUUCCCCCUAAUUACAGAGACGUUGUAUUGGAGUACAGCGAUCAUAUGAAGGCCCUUUCUCAGAGGCUCUUGAAACUGAUUUCAGAGAGUUUAUGCCUUCCUUCUUCACUGAUUGAAGAGGCUGUUGAAGAUUUUUACCAGAACAUAACAGUUAGCUAUUACCCACCUUGCCCACAACCUGAACUCACCCUAGGUUUGCAAGCACAUUCGGACAUAGGUGCCAUUACCCUCCUCAUUCAAGAUGACGUUAGCGGCCUCCAGGUUCUCAAGGAUGGUGAGUGGGUAAAUAUUAAUCCUUUAUCUGAAGCCAUUGUUGUCAUUUUGGCUGACCAAACUGAGAUUAUAACAAAUGGAAAAUGUAAAAGCGCUGUGCAUCGGGCUAUAACAAACUCUAACAAGGCGAGACUCUCAGUUGCCACAUUUCAUGAUCUGCAAAGACGAGGACUAUAUCCCCAGCUUCAGAGCUCAUCAGUGACUCUUCUCCUCCACGAUACCGCCAGGUUAUGUAUGGUGAUUAUGUCUCAUCAUGGUGAAGCAGUUGCCUGGGAAGGCAGCGCGCAAGAAGCUUUGGAAAGCUUUGCUUUGCAGGUGAGAUACUCACCUUUUGGAACAACUUCUAUUCGGAUUCUUUGGGUCAAGAUGAGUGGUUUGGACUCAUCUCUGGGAAAGGAAGCAUGGAAUUGUCACAAAUUUGUACUAGACUAUUAA